AUGAGCCGAAAGGACGAGAUCCUGAUCCAAGCGACACAGAUGAGUUUCCUCCGCUCGGUGUCUGGACGCUCCAUUAGAGACAGAGUUUCUGUCAUCUCCUCAGGUUCCUCUGUAUCUCCUCAGGUUCCUCUGUGUCUCCUCAGGUUCCUCUGUGUCUCCUCAGGUUCCUCUGUAUCUCCUCAGGUUUCCUCUGUGUCUCCUCAGGUUCCUCUUCCUCAGGUUCCUCUGUAUUCUCCUCAGGUUUCCUCUGUAUCUCUCAGGUUCCUCUGUAUCUCCUUCAGGUUCCUCUGUAUCUCCUCAGGUUCCUCUGUAUCUCCUCAGGUUCCUCUGUAUCUCCUCAGGUUCCUCUGUAUCUCCUCAGGUUCCUCUGUGUCUCCUCAGGUUCCUCUGUGUUCCUCCAGGAUGUCCAAGGCUCAGUAUUGUUCCGUGAACUCCUCUGAAGCCCCGCCCCCCGCCCCCUCUGGCCACACCCCCUGCUCCCGUCAGAGGUUCGUGCGUAAAGACGGCUCAGGUAACGUGAUUUUCCGGCACGUUCCGGAGGAGUGGCUGCUCCUGGUGACGGACAUCUUCACGACGCUGGUGGAGAUCCGCUGGAGGGUGAUGUUCCUGGUCUUCGCUUUGUCCUACAUCCUGUCGUGGAUGUUCUUCGGGCUGCUCUUCUGGGUCAUCGCCAUCGCCCACGGGGACGUCCAGAACCCGACCUCCGACCCCUGCGUGUACGAGGUCAGGAGCUUCACCGCCGCCUUCCUCUUCUCGCUGGAGACGCAGACGACCAUCGGUUACGGUUUCCGGGGGAUGUCGGAAAACUGCAUGGUGGCAAUCAUCGUGGUAACGGUGCAGGACGUGAUGAGCUGCUUCAUCGACACCUUCGUCAUCGGCAUCGUGGUCGCGAAGAUGGCGUCGGCGAGGAAACGGGCGCAGACGGUGGGCUUCAGCAACUGCGCCGUGGUGAACCUGCGUAACGGCGCCCUCUGCCUGUCGUGGCGCAUCGGGGACUUCCGGCGCCAUCACCUGGUGGAAGGAAUGGCGCGCGCUCAGAUCGUCCGCUCCACCUUACACUCCACCGGGAAGGUGGACAUGUCGUACCAGGACCUGGUGCUGGAGCAGAGUCACGUGAUCUUAGCCACGCCCACCACCAUCACGCACCGCCUGGACGCCGCCAGCCCGCUCUACCACACCGGCCUCACCGCGCUGCGACAGGACGACUUCGAGCUGGUGGUGAGUUUCACGUACACGGACGACACGACGGGAAUCCUGCACCAGACCCGCUCGUCCUACACGCCCAACGACAUCCUGUGGGGGGCGCUGUUCCAGGAGAUGAUCCGAGUCACACGCAGGAACUACAGAGUCGACUACAGCCUCUUCAACCACACCGCCAAGGUGUUGGCGCCCCUCAUGAGUGCGUCUGAGUACGAGCAGAAGAAGCAGCUAAGGUUAAACUCUCCUCGGCCCUCGCCCCGCCACUCGCCCCGCCACUCGCCCCGCCCCUCCCCGGGACCCAAACCAAAAUCUGGUCUGGCCCAGGAUCUAGAUCAGGACUUAAACCAGAACUGGGCCGGCGAGCCCUUCCUGAAGCCUCCGACCGUCUCUGUGCAGCUGGUCACCGAGAAGAGUCCGAACCCGACAGAGGAAGAGAACGCCAAGAGACCAGAACUGUGAACGGACAGGGCUAGUGAGGGGCGGGGCUUAUGAAUCGGUGGGACUUGUGAGGGGGCGGGGCGUGUGAAGGGGCGGUGCUUGUGAAGGGGCGGGGCUGAUGUGGGGUGUGGUGAAGGGCGGGGCUUGUGAUACCAAGUAAUACUAUGGCAAGUUUUCCGUCUGUUACUGAUAAUGACGUCUGUAUGAAAAUCUGAGAUAAACCGAUAUUAGUUUGGCUGAUAUUUGCAGUUUUGCACUUUUUUAAAACAAUGUACUAACAAAGAACAUGGUGCAGAUGGGAGUGUAAUGGUACAAAAAUCACGGUUCGGUACGUACCUCGGUUUUGAGGUCAUGGUUCGGUUCAUUUUCAGUACAGUUGGGAACAGAAUGAAAAACCAUUUGCUAUUAUAUAAAGAAGAAAAUAAAAUAAGUGCUGCUUGGUAAUAUUAAUAAGUUAAAUAAAAUAUUCUCAAAUAAGCAACAAAUGUAUGACAUAUUUCAAAAAUAAAUUCCUUGUAAACAGUAAACAAAACUUUUCCAAAAGUAAAGUGCAGCACUAACAGUUCCAGCAUCAAGUUUUACUCAAUCUUCAGAUUUUUGGUCAGAAAAACAAACUUGUCCACAGUGUCUGCAGUAAGAGCAGAUCUGGGGGGGUGGGACGGGGGGAAGGGCAGAGAUUCUGAGCUGGCGAAAGGCAACAGUGAGGACCACGGAGCGACGACCGUAGUUUUGCGAGGAUUCUUGUGGUUUGGAAGGACAUAGUCAAGGGCAGUUGUAGGCAAGGCGGCCGCUCUAACUAUAAAGCGCUGCUGGAAACACUGCGCCAAUCACCGACCAGUUCCUCGUAAAUAUUAAAGAGUCGAGCCUCCGUGUAGCUGCACAUGUAGUGGCGGAAUGUAAACACACACAAAUUGUGCGAACUCACUCGUGCACAGACCUGCAGCGAACCGAACGUCCCGUACCGAAACAGUUUGGCACAAAUACAUGCACCAUUACACCCCUAGGUGCAAAUGAAAAAACGUGUCCUAAAAAACAAAGACAAAUGUGUCAUCAUAAAAUGUGCCUCAAAUAGAGUCACCACAACCUACAGGGGGCGCUCUUAGUGUAACAGCUCAUUAUCAUUGGAACGACUGCGGAAAAAGUUCGGAUCAUGUUUGUGUUCGUGGAGUAAUGACAAACCAAGAUGACAGAAAAGCCGGGAGCAGCUGAAGUGUGUGUUUUCUUCCGAUUGACGUAAAUCCGGUGGCGUCUCUGUCCAAUCAGAACCUUCCCCACUCGCAGACGCUGAGACACAUCAAAUAAAGACGAUUUAAUGAGUUUUCCAUGUAAACCUCAAAACGGAAUUAUUAUUUCCAUGUAAACGCAGCCAAUUCGACUUAAAAUAUCCAAAUUAUAACAGAAUAAUUCACGGGAGUCAUAGAUCAAAACUGUAGCACUCGCACAUUAUAUUAUGUCCAGCAGAGGGCGAUGUUGCUGCAUAAAAGAAGCGCAUGAAGCUUUAACAUUCUCAUCGAGUUUAGAGAAACACUGAGCUGGUUAUGAGUUUGUACAAAAAUAAAAUGAGAUAAUUUGGCGGAAAAUAAUCCAAAUUGGCCCCAAAAUAUCAGAUUCUCAGCUAUAAAAAAAAACAAAAACAAAAAAACACAUCGGCCGAUCUUUGAUUAAAAUGUGUGGAAAUCUUUUACCU